AGACAUUGAUCCCGUCUUCGUAGCUGUAACUGUCCCAUAACAUCGCUCAUAGUUGCAGCCUGAGGCACUAUCAGUAGGAAAUAAAAACUGCAACACACAACAGCCGUGAUAUUUGUAGCGAAACGUUUCCUGGUAACUUUGCUCCGAGUAAAUAUCAUUGGUUCUUGAGAAACUAUUCCCCACGUUUUCUGUGGAAUAAGGGAAAAUGUCCUUGUCUGGCUGGGUGUGUUUAGUAACUGGUGCCUCCAGAGGCAUUGGCCGGGGCAUCGCCCUCCAGCUGUCUGAGGCAGGAGCCACAGUCUACAUCACAGGGCGGCAGGAGGACACUCUGAAACAAACCGCUGCACAGGUUAAGGAGAGGGGCGGAAACUGUGUGCCAGUUAUCUGCGAUUCCACGAAUGACAAAGAAAUUGAAGACCUGUUUGAGAGGAUCAAGCGUGAGCAGAAUGGCAGGCUGGAUAUCCUGGUCAACAAUGCCUAUGCUGGAGUGCAUGCGAUCUUCGGGAACAUGGGGAAGAAGUUUUGGGAAACCGAUCCAACCAUUUGGGAUUCCAUAAACAAUACAGGCCUCAGAGGACACUAUUUCUUCUCAGUUCAUGCAUCCCGGAUGAUGGUGGCUCAAGGUCAGGGUUUGAUCGUCACCAUUUCUUCCAUGGGAGGGCUGCGGUAUCUCUUCAAUGUGCCAUACGGUGUUGGUAAAGCAGCUUGUGACAGGUUGGCAGCAGACAUGGCUGUUGAGCUGAAAAGUAGGGGAGUUGCUUCUGUCAGUCUGUGGCCCGGAGCGGUACAAACAGAGUUGGUUUCUCAGCUCAUAUUGGAGAAAGAAACCCCAGAGGGUGCAGAUUCCAAGAUCAAAGAUGUGUUUAUCAAUGGAGAAACUACAGAAUUGAGUGGGAUGUGCAUUGUCAACCUGGCAAAAGAUAAAAGCCUGAUGUCUCUGAGUGGGAAAGUACUCCUCACAUGUGACCUGGCAAGACGCUAUGGGUUUCAAGAUGUUGAUGGAAGGAGUGUAACUGAUUACACUUCCCUAAAAUUCCUCCUGACCCAGGUCCCAUAUCUCUCCUGGCUGUCAGUCGUUACGCCUUCAUUCCUACACCUGCCACGCUUUGUGCUCACCCUGGCUAGUAACCGGUUCUAAACAUUUCCUAUAUCUGUACUGAAGUCGCAGUAUAAUGUUUCCAUUACAUACAACUGCAAGCUCCCAGCUAACAGGAGUUAUUUUUGUCACUAUGUAGAAAUAUAAAUGUACUCUUACUUGAUUAAUGCAAUGAAGGUAUUUCUAUGAAGUUUGAGGUAGAUAUGAAGAACACUCAAGCAUAUUUCCUGAAUUGACACUAUUGUCAGUUUUGGGUGAAGGCAAAAAAUAAAUAAAUGUGAAAUCAUUAUCAUUUCUAAGUAUGUAUUUUUAAAGAGGUAUACAAAACCCUAACUAUAUAACGAUUAUAUUUACUACAAAGACAUGUACAUGUAUAAAUGUUUUUUUUUGUGGUUAUUAUACUGACAACAAUAUUUUUUAGCAUUUGAUUGUUAUAUUUCAAUUAAAUGUUUAAACGUUUAACACUACUUUUACUACAACUACGUAUUUGACCACCUUAUAACAACUGAUUUAAUAAAGAUAUUUCAUUUUC